GAGGGCUCGGAGGCGGGGCAAGCGGAGCGCGGCGUGCGCACCCGGGCUAGAAGGUAAACAGAAGCGGAGAGUGUGCGGAGCGCUCGCAGCGGGGCGAGCGCGCGGAGGCGUUGCGUUGCGGACGGAGGAGCUACCUUCCUGCAGCCCGCUCUGAAGGAUGGCUGCUAUGUUGGGGGAUGCCAUCAUGGUGGCCAAAGGCCUUGCCAAGCUGACCCAAGCAGCGGUGGAAACCCACUUGCAGAACCUGGGCCUUGGUGGGGAGCUCCUCCUGGCGGCCAGGGCCCUGCAGUCUACAGCUGUGGAGCAGUUCAGCAUGGUCUUCGGGAAGGUGCAGGGUCAGGAUAAGCAUGAAGAUUCAUAUGCCACUGAGAACUUUGAAGAUCUGGAAGCCGAAGUUCAGUUCUCAACACCACAGGCAGCUGGAACCUCCCUGGACUUCUCUGCGGCCUCUUCCCUGGACCAGUCACUGUCUCCAUCCCACAGUCAGGGACCGGCCCCUGCCUAUGCUUCCAGUGGGCCUUUCAGGGAAGCUGGGCUCCCUGGACAGGCCACCUCUCCUAUGGGCAGAGUCAAUGGAAGGCUCUUUGUAGAUCACAGAGACUUGUUCUUGGCCAACGGCAUCCAGCGAAGAUCCUUCCACCAGGACCAGUCCUCCGUGGGAGGCCUCACGGCUGAAGACAUUGAAAAGGCCCGGCAGGCCAAGGCUCGCCCUGAGAGCAAGCCACACAAGCAGAUGCUCAGUGAGCGGGCUCGGGAGCGGAAGGUGCCAGUUACCCGGAUUGGGCGGUUGGCCAACUUUGGAGGUCUGGCUGUAGGUCUGGGAAUUGGGGCGUUGGCUGAAGUUGCCAAGAAGAGUCUGCGUUCUGAGAACUCCACAGGAAAAAAAGCCGUGCUGGAUUCUAGCCCCUUCCUGUCAGAGGCAAAUGCAGAGCGCAUUGUGAGUACACUGUGCAAGGUGCGUGGGGCCGCACUGAAGCUGGGCCAGAUGCUGAGCAUCCAGGAUGAUGCCUUCAUCAACCCUCACCUGGCCAAGAUCUUUGAGCGGGUGAGGCAGAGUGCUGACUUCAUGCCACUGAAACAGAUGACGAAAACCCUCAACAGCGACCUGGGCCCCCACUGGAGGGACAAGCUGGAGUACUUUGAAGAGCGGCCCUUUGCAGCGGCCUCCAUAGGGCAGGUGCACCUGGCCCGCAUGAAGGGUGGCCGUGAGGUGGCCAUGAAGAUCCAGUACCCUGGUGUGGCCCAGAGCAUUAACAGUGACGUCAACAACCUCAUGGCUGUGCUGAACAUGAGUAACAUGCUUCCAGAAGGCCUGUUCCCUGAGCACCUGAUUGAUGUGCUGAGACGGGAGCUUACCCUUGAGUGUGACUACCAGCGGGAGGCUGCCUAUGCCAAGAAGUUCAGGGAACUGCUGAAGGACCAUCCCUUCUUCUAUGUGCCUGAGAUUGUGGAUGAGUUGUGCAGUCCCCAUGUGCUGACCACAGAGCUCAUAUCAGGCUUCCCCUUGGACCAGGCAGAAGGGCUGAGCCAGGAAGUGAGGAAUGAGAUCUGCUACAACAUUUUGGUGCUGUGCCUGAGAGAGCUGUUUGAGUUCCAUGUCAUGCAGACUGACCCCAACUGGUCCAAUUUCUUUUAUGACCCUCAGCAGCACAAGGUGGCUCUCCUGGACUUCGGCGCAACUAGAGAAUAUGACAGAUCCUUUACUGACCUCUACAUUCAGGUCAUCCGGGCCGCUGCUGACCAGGACAGGGAGGCAGUGCUAAAGAAAUCCAUAGAGAUGAAGUUCCUUACCGGUUAUGAGGUCAAGGCCAUGGAGGAUGCUCACCUGGAUGCUAUUCUCAUCCUGGGGGAGGCCUUUGCCUCCGAAGAGCCCUUCGACUUCGGUACCCAGAGCACUACUGAGAAGAUCCACAACCUGAUUCCCGUCAUGCUGAAGCACCGCCUCAUCCCACCCCCAGAGGAGACCUACUCUCUGCACCGCAAGAUGGGUGGCUCUUUCCUCAUCUGCUCUAAGCUGAAGGCCCGCUUCCCCUGUAAGGCCAUGUUCGAGGAAGCGUACAGUAACUACUGCAGGAUGAAGUCUGGGCUGCAGUAGGUGAGGUGUGGUCCAGGCUAACUAGGGGCCAUGCCCUCCUUCAGGCUCAGUCAAGCAGAGGGAGGACGUUGAAAGGGAGCCACGGCCUCUAUGAAUAGGAAGAGAGCGUUGCGUAGACCCUCCUAUUGCUUCUGUACUGUCCAGACAAAAAGGCAGGCUUCUUUUGCCAUCUCCUCCCUGCUGUGGAUGUACAACCAGGAACAGGAGCAAUGCAGUACUAAACUCAACACAGCCACCUUUGGGGUCUAGUUGGCCAUGGGAAUGAAUUGUGUGUUUCUGGGUGAGCUUAUGUCCCUGCCCUUUGCCACCCCAGCCUGUGGCCUGGAGCUAGAAGCUCAGGACAGCAGGGUAGCCACCCUAGCUCAGUCUCAGCAUGGACAACAGACCCUUUUAAAAGCAGGGCUGACAUUGGAUGAGCAGCAGGGCUCCAGCAUGCCCCAGGAGAGGGAGCUAUCACCCCACCCCAGGGGAGCGACACAGGCUCUUUGUUUGUAUGUCUUGUAAUUACACAUUCAUACCUUUGCGUUCAAUAAAGAAGUGCGUUGGGGACUGCCAUUUCCUAUGCGUUCCGUGAAUCCUGGGAAGGAGGUGGCCCCACUUAUGACCUGGAUGUGUGGUCUUUGUCUGUCUCUUGCUCUUGAUGGGGACAGAACAUGGCAACAUAGGCAGAUAUUAAGCAUUUCCAUGUAUGUGUGUCUCUGACUCAGGACUUUAAUGGCACUGGAGAUUAAGCCUAAUGCCUUGCAGAGUGACUUGAGUGCUCUACCACCGGUUGGUUGUACCCUGAGCCCUUUUACUUUUGGGAUGGGAUCUCAUCAAGUUGCUCAGGCAAGCCUUGAACUUGUAAUCCUCCUGCUUAACUCCCCCUCACCCCAAGUAAUUAGGAUCACAAGUUUAAGCCACCAAGCUUCUUAGGCAUUUAGAGAAAACAGCUUGUGGGGUUCAGUGGCUACAGAACAGACACUGAGAUCUGGAUCUGGGACAGGAACAGUGUGCCCAUACAACCCAUGCAUGCUGUCUGUCCUGGCUAGGGGCCUGGGUCACUGCCACCCCUGCACCACACUAGGCUCACCGAGCUUAAGUUUUACUGCGUGGUGUUCUUGUCCAUUUCUUUGUGGAAUUUUUGCCAAGUCUUGGUCUUCACAGAUGCUGCCUUGGAGGCCCAGUGCGACUUGAAAGAUCUGAAAGAGUCUCAAUGGCUAAGAGGGUGAUGAUUUCAGUUGCAGGUUUGGGGUCUCUGAUAAGGUCACCCAACCUUGCCUGUGUGUCAGCUGCACCAUUCUAACAGAACAGAUCCAACUCCUACGUUAAUGCUGCAGACAGACAACCCCGAGUCUCAAGCGCCAGUGGAGUGUGCCCUGGGGGCCUAAAGCAGUGCCCGGGGAGUUCUUAUCAGAGAAAGGGAGUUGAGCACUUCCAUGGAUUUGAAUGUUAUUCUUACCUGAGCUCCAGGACCCGAUCAAACCGACCUGUGUCCUCUGGGAUAGAGAAGAGGUCCAGAGGGAGAUCAGCGAGCCAAGAAUGCCUCACACUCUCCACACGGGAAGAAAUAGAAUACUCAAUGCUGACAGUUCCUUAUUUUAUUGCAGAACAUCAAAGUCUGGUUAAUUAGGUGAUACCAACAUAAAAUAUUGGUGAGAAAUCCUUUGUUACAUUUUUGACCACCCCACCUUAAAUAGUUCUGUGCAAAAGAAUCCAUGUUAUAGUUUGGUAGCAGAUACUGUCAGGAAAUUCCCUAGGACAUCUAGGGACAAAACCAAACCAAAUGAGUGCUAAGAGGCCAAAGCAGUAUCUUCCCUUCCACACACACACACACAGGUCAUAAUUUUCUGAACAAAAAUGAUUACACUGAGGCCAUGCAAAACUGUACAAUAAUAUUACAAUGAGAAAAAAAUCCUAAAAAUUUAUAAAAUAAAUGCUGUUAUUCUAUC